GAAUAUAAACACAAGUAUUGUUUAUCCACAAUGAUUGUGACAUAAGCAAAUAUCAGAUUUAAUAUUGUCAUUGUAAACAAUUUUCUAGCAAUGGUUAGUAAACUGAUGUUCGUUUUAGUUUCUAUGAGCAUGAAUCUGGGCCAGAUCUGGGCUAGUCAAAACAGUGAUUGCUUGGUUCAAGGUUACUGGGGCGAAGACUGCAAAAAUAAAUGUUCCAAUGGUUGCACGGACAUUGGAUGUGACAAGGUAAAAGGCUAUUGUUUCGAAUGCAACUCGGGAUAUCGGGGGAAAUAUUGUGAUAUUCCAUGCCCGGUUCAUUGCAACUAUAAAUGUGAUCGUUUCGGUGUUAAAUGUACAUCUUGCUAUAUUGGAUGGUAUGGCAACUCGUGCAAUAUACCCUGUCACAGCAAUUGUGUCUCGUGUUUAAAAGCUACAGGUGUAUGUCCGUCAUGUAAAAAUGGCUGGUAUGGGACCAACUGUAGCAUAGCAUGCUCUAUAGAGAUAGGGUGUAACAAUAACUAUUGUACAAAAUCCGACGGAGACUGUUCAGACUGUAAAGCUGGAUGGUUUGGGACAAAAUGUGAAAAGGAAUGCCCAUUAAACUGCCAAAAAGGUUGUCGGAAAAGUGAUGGUAUAUGUUAUAACUGCAAGCCUGGGUUUUGGGGUUCUAACUGUUCAAUGGAAUGUCCAAACUGUCAUAAUGGCUGUUCUCAGAAGUCCGGUUAUUGCGCGUACUGCAGGUCUGGAUUUUGGGGUUCAAUGUGCUUGAAUCUUUGCCCGGAGACAUGUGAAGCUUGUGAUAAAUAUUUUGGGGACUGUUCGCUUUGUCCCAAUGGUUUCUGGGGAAGUAAUUGUUUGAAGAACUGUAACACAAACAACUGCAAGAUGUGCGAUAUAGAUACAGGCAUUUGUCAUGCAUGUGAAGUUGGGUUUUGGGGACCUGACUGUAAAUACCAAUGCAAUAACUGUUCAAAUGGGAUUUGUAACAUUUCCACAGGAGUUUGUGACACAUGUCCAGAGGGAUUUGCAGGAGAAAACUGUGAUAUAAGGUGUAAUACUUCAACCUGUUCCAGAUGGCAAUGUGAGAAAGGUCGAGGGUUUGCAUGUUCAACAUGCGUAAAAGGAUUUUGGGGAGAAGUUUGUGAAAAACAAUGUAAAUCAAAUAGAAGUUGUACCUCAUGCGCAAAGGAAACUGGAAUUUGCUAUUCAUGUGUAAGCGGGUACUGGGGAAAAUUUUGUGAGGAAAAAUGCAUCGGAAAUGGCGGUUGUAAAUACUGCCGUACGAAAACAGGAAUGUGCAAUUCGUGUUUAAACGGAUAUUGGGGAAAGAACUGUGAACGACGUUGCUCUGAAAACUGUGUUGAAACUUGUGAGAGAAAAACAGGAACAUGUACGUCUUGCAAAGCAGGUUUCUUGGGAACCUCAUGUAAGGAAAAAUGCCAAGGAGGAGACAGAUGUCAAUAUUGCAGCAGAUCAGACAGGACGUGUCGCACGUGUAAAAUCGGUUUUUGGGGAAGUGUGUGUGAAAAAGAGUGUCAAACAAGUUGUCCAGGACAAUGUGACCGAUAUACAGGAAGAUGUUCAUAUUGUAGACCCGGUCGUAGGGGUGUUAACUGUAAGAGCACAUGUAUAGAAGAAAACUGUGAGAAUUGCAAAGGUUCUGAUGAUAAUUAUUCUUGUACCAAAUGCCGAGCAGGAUACUGGGGUCAAAGCUGCAUCAAAAAGUGCAUUUCUGAGCAAUGCCUUGAAUGCCGUAUGAAUGAUGGACGAUGUACCCUGUGUGAGGACGGGUUUUGGGGAAAAUUCUGUCAUUUAAGAUGCCCUGAAUGGUGCCAAUGCUGCAGUCUGACUUAUGGCACAUGUAGAGAACAACAUUAUUGCUUGAGGGUAGACAAUAUAUACAACACAACAGCGGCAUCUAUGCAGGCAAACAACAUCUUGAUUAUCGUUGGUAUUGCCUUGAUUGUCUGCUCUGUAGUUGUGCUUUUUGUGGUCCUUGGUAUUGUCUGCAGGAUACGACGUCGUAGUAAACAAACAGCUUUGGCAACUGCAUUUACAGACAAAACAGAUGCGAAUCAAAGUGUGCCAUAUACAGGUCACACGGGAAAUGCCAAUGCCGAUAUACAAUCGCCACAAACUAGGACAGACAGACUAUAAGGAGGUUACACAACAAUAUGGCAAUCCGGGCGCAAACAAAGCUUUAAAUAAAGAAAAAAGACAACAGACAACCUGAUUAAUGGAGCUCCUGAAGUUUUUACUUCAACAACAUCAUAGAAACUGUUCAAUUGAAUAAUGUUUAGAUAUGUUUAUUGAAAAUGUUUGAUAUAUGAUAAUUAUAGUUUUGUAAAUAAAAAUGUAUUAACCAUUA